GUUUGUGUUGCACUCCUGUCCAACAGAGGACACUGUGGGACAUCUGAGUCCCCCAAACUGUCCAUUCAGUUUUUAAGAGAAACUGAUUUAGUUAAAUGAAUCUAGAGUUUUCCUCAUUAUUAUUAUUAUUUAUUUUAUUUAUUUUAUUUAUUUUAUUUAUUUUAUUUAUUUUAUUUAUUUUAUUUAUUUUAUUUUGUAGCUGCACAGUUUCCGGUUCCGUACUCCAGUCCAGUAGUUGGUGGUAAAGCACCAAAUCGUUGUUAUCCAGUAGACCUCAAAGCAGAAGCAGCAGAAGCAGAAGAAGACUCAGCUGGCCUCCACUAACUAGUUUUUUAACAACAACGACUCAGUCGAACAAUGUCCACAUCUUGACUAUCGGCCCCAAAACUGCCUUAACUUCAUCCUAGUCCGGUCCGUUUGUUCCUGGUCGAGGUCAGACAUCAUGGAGCCGACUGCACCCAAAAGCAAGCUGAAAAAGCUGAGUGAGGACAGUUUGACCAAACAACCAGAGGAAGUGUUUGAUGUUUUAGAGAAACUCGGUGAAGGUUCCUAUGGCAGCGUGUUCAAAGCCAUCCAUAAGGAGUCAGGCCAGGUGGUGGCCAUCAAGCAGGUUCCUGUGGAGUCUGAUCUGCAGGAGAUCAUCAAGGAGAUCUCCAUCAUGCAGCAGUGUGACAGCCCUUACGUAGUGAAGUACUAUGGCAGCUACUUCAAGAACACAGACCUGUGGAUUGUCAUGGAAUACUGUGGAGCCGGCUCCGUCUCUGACAUCAUCAGACUGCGCAACAAGACGUUGACAGAGGAUGAGAUUGCCACUAUCCUGAAGUCGACACUGAAGGGUCUUGAAUACCUUCACUUCAUGAGGAAGAUCCAUCGGGACAUCAAGGCAGGAAACAUCCUCCUCAACACUGAGGGACACGCUAAACUGGCAGACUUCGGAGUUGCUGGACAACUAACGGACACUAUGGCAAAGAGAAACACUGUGAUCGGUACUCCGUUCUGGAUGGCCCCAGAGGUGAUCCAGGAGAUCGGCUACAACUGUGUGGCCGACAUCUGGUCCCUGGGCAUCACGUCCAUAGAGAUGGCAGAGGGCAAACCUCCCUACGCUGACAUCCAUCCCAUGAGAGCGAUCUUCAUGAUCCCCACCAACCCUCCUCCAACAUUCAGGAAGCCGGAGCUUUGGUCAGACGAAUUCACAGACUUUGUCAAGAAGUGUCUGGUCAAGAAUCCAGAGCAGAGAGCGACCGCCACGCAGCUCCUACAGCACGCAUUCAUCAACCAGGCCAAACCAGUCUCAAUCCUGAGAGACCUGAUAACUGAGGCCAUGGAGAUGAAAGCCAAGAGGCAGCAGGAGCAGCAGAGGGAGCUGGAGGAGGAGGACGACAACUCUGAGGAGGAGACAGAGGUGGACUCUCACACUAUGGUGAAGUCGGGCUCAGAGGGAGCAGGAACCAUGCGGGCCACCAGCACCAUGAGCGACGGGGCGCAGACCAUGAUCGAACACGGCAGCACCAUGCUAGAGUCGGACCUGGGCACUAUGGUCAUCAACAGUGAUGAUGAUGACGACGAGGAGGAAGACCAGGGUUCAAUGAGAAGGCACGCCACCCCCCAGCAGCCAAUGCGUCCGUCCUUCAUGGACUAUUUUGACAAGCAGGACUCCAACAAGGCUGCCCAGCAGCAGGAGAACUACAACCACAACCAGCCGCAGGAGCAGCCGGGCUACCACAUCCAGUCCAAGAACGUCUUCCCCGACAACUGGAAGGUGCCUCAGGACGGAGACUUUGACUUUGUCGCCCAGCUGAAGAACCUGGACUUUGAGGAGCUGCAGCUGCGCCUGACUGCCUUGGAUCCCAUGAUGGAGCGGGAGAUUGAGGAGCUCAGGCAGCGCUACACUGCCAAAAGGCAGCCCAUCCUGGACGCCAUGGAUGCCAAGAAGAGGCGACAACAGAACUUCUGAGUGUCCCUCCCUCUAGUUUCGGUUUCCCAAAGCCCACCAUCACCACUAAACUUACGUCCCAUUGACUCAGAGGAACGAAGAUGACCUUAUUGUCUUUGUUGGAUGCCCACUGCUGUUGUAACUGACUGCUAACUGGCCUCUAAGUGAAGUUAGAGGCUUCUUUUACAUCCAUUUUUGGCGCCUUGUUUGUCUAGAUGCUGUUCAUCCAUUUUAAAUCUUAUAUUUGUUUCUACGGUUCCUGUAAAAGUGCUUUCCCGUGAAUGAUACUCAGGACUGCAGCCAAAGAGAGAACUAAGGCUUGGCGAUUAUACGUCUGAAAGUCACUCGGAAUCCCCAUCAACAUAAGGAAGCCUAUCCUCUGAUCCUCUGGCAGUAGCAGCAGUUUAAUACACAGUGGUCAACGACAAGUGGUCGUUUUUUUCCUCAGACUUUUCACUUUUCAGUGUAAAUAUAAUAUAGAGCAUAGUUUGGAAAUACCUGCAACAAAAAGCUGUGGAGGCUUGUCCAUGACCAAAGACAAUCAAGAUGAUUAAGUUGAGAAUGCCUUAAAAUAUUUGAAACCUAGUUUUACAAUAAGCAAUGUGAUAAAACAGCCAAGUCGUCAGGCGGUUAAAUCCUUUUCCUCACUUGGAGAUGAGCUGGAAGUGGACUGUGGAACGCUGCAAGAAUGGACACAUGACACAAAUCAUGUGGAUGGUGAAGAAUGGAUCAUGCAUGUUUUUUCAUGGUGGACCAGAAAAAUGAUUUCAUUAGUCUUAAUUAUCAUUUAUUUAAUUAUGUUGUCUUUGGGCUUCUUUUAAACAUCCAGUGCAUCUUGGUGCCUCAUAACACACCUGUAACCACUGCUUUAAAAUCACAGCUUUUACUUGACAAAAUGAUCCACUUUACUCAAAUUAAAACCAGAGUUUGCACCGAAAUUCAUUCCUAAGUUAAAAAGAAUUGAUUUCCAUACGAGCGAAAGCAUUCCAAAAUACUUUGACUUUUGUUUUAAUAUCCCUGGAGACUUUAAAAACCCUGCAGAUUUAUUUCAAGGUUCUAAUAAUUAUGUUUUCUGUAAUUGUUCCACACUAAGAUCGAUUAACUUCAGAUUCCAAUAUGACUUUCGAAAAACAUUUUGACUAGAUGUGGAGCGAUCUUAUAUGCAAAGCAGCGAAGAAGGCACGACAAACUGUUUUAUGUUUGUAAAAACACUCAAGUGACUGACUAAUACUUGAGAGAAACAGAGCCGCUGCAUCAGCCACACAUCUAAUGUCUGAAUUACAAGAGAUUUUUCAGCAGAUUUCUCUGCAGCUUAUAUCAAUGUUUCAGCAGUUAUCAUUGAGAAUGUGCUGUUUCUGUUUUCUACAGUAGUUUUCUGACAUUAAGGUGUGAUUAUUAAUGAAGGAAUGAAGUUACUCUUCAUGCUGUGUGUUUUGCGACACAAGCUCAUUUUUAAACAUUUACACAAAACUGUUCAGUGCAGUGAUCGAUUGAGUUGUUCCUUAAACAAAUUUAGGGAAAAUUAAAACUGGUUGUUUAAGCCAUGUGCUUAUCCUAAAAAAAAAUAUAUAAGUAUUGGCUGUUACCAGAUUCUCAGCUAUCAAAUAUUGAAGAUAAUCAUUAUUGGCCUCAAAAAUCCAAUGUCAGUUGGGCUUUAUUUCACAGUUGUGAAUGUGUAAUUGAAAACUCUUCCUACUUUUAUUUCAUGAGGGAAACAAACUGCUCUGCUAUAGUUUCGUUUUGACAUAUUGAUUUUACACGUGCUAUUAAUGACCUUUUUGAAUGAAUAUGACUUUAUAUUUCUUUAAAUACAUGUCCAAUACGUCUGCGGGUUUCUGCUACAUACGAAUGUUAAUAUGCAGUCUUAUGCAUAAUCAACAUUUUGAUAAUCUUAUAAUCCUGUUACACUAUCUUAUGUCUCAUCUGAUCUGGCAAUGUGGCCAAAAUGAGUUGACAUUUUAAACACCACUAUCCAAAUCUCAAUCAGUAUGCUCUCAAUUUCUGAAUGAUGAUGUCUCAAAUGGUUUUUUUUGUUUUUUGUUUUUUACCUGUUCUUUCACAGAAAUCAUUAACAUUCUUGCCAUGAAUUGUUUUCAUAAAUCAAGUCUGCAGUGCAUUGGCAACUCACACACAAGCAUUCACAAUUUUAUUUAUUAAAUGUGUUUUUUUUCUUUUUGUGACACUGGUUUAAAUAUGGUAGCUGAUUUGGCUGUUAAUAUUUCUGCCCUUUGUCAAAUAUAUGUGGCUUGAUUUCCACGUGUUUUUUAGACUAUGCAUGUUUAUAAUUACGUUUGCUUAUUUAGUGGAAUGCUAUUGUAUUAACUGCACAGCUGAGAGUACUGUUAAUGUGGAAGCUGGAUUUUCAGCUUUAACAGAAACUAUUUUGCUCUGUACAAUUAAGAAAAAAAAAAAGCCCUGUUUAAAAUAUGACAUAGCGGAGAAUCUGCCAUAUAUGUAUAGUUAUCUGAAAUCAUUGUUUGACUGCUAUAUGAUUUUCAUUUAUUUCGCUGUUAUUUCCACUAUAUAUAAUGACUUAUGAGGAUGUAGAGUGGAAUGUAAGCAUUUAUGUUUUGAACCACCUAAUUUAUUAUCUUUUGUUUGUAAUACUUUAUUUUGAAAAGGUGCAAGAAAUAAUAAAAGUUACUUAUAGUUAACCAUAA